AUGGCAGGCACAAGGAAUUAUGAUUUUCUGAUAAAAUUGCUGCUGAUUGGUGACUCCGGCGUAGGCAAAUCAUGCUGCCUUCUGCGGUUCAGUGAAGACUCGUUUACCCCAUCCUUCAUUACGACCAUCGGCAUUGAUUUCAAGAUCCGCACGAUCGAACUGGACGGUAAAAGAGUGAAGCUACAGAUAUGGGAUACGGCUGGCCAGGAACGUUUUCGUACCAUCACAACGGCAUAUUAUCGCGGGGCGAUGGGCAUCCUUCUUGUCUAUGAUGUGACAGACGAACGAUCGUUCCAAAACAUCCGAACCUGGUUCUCCAAUGUCGAGCAACAUGCCAGCGAAGGAGUACACAAGAUUCUCAUUGGAAACAAGUGCGAUUGGGAAGAGAAACGGGCUGUUUCGACCGAGCAGGGUCAACAGCUUGCCGAUGAGCUUGGCGUUCCUUUCCUGGAGGUGUCGGCGAAGAACAACAUCAACAUUGAAAAGGCAUUCUACAGCCUUGCAUCUGACAUCAAGAAGGGCAUGGACACCUCCAAGACCGAACAAACUGGGAACUCAGGGGUCAGUAUAGACCAGCAGGGCUCGGGUUUGAAUGGUGGCGCUGGAGGGAAGUGUUGCUAG